AUGAAGCUGCCCUUCAGGCAGGAGAAACUGAUUCAGCCUGUGACACAGUUACAAUACCCUCAGCCUAAGCUGCUGGAACACGGACCCACAGAGCUGCUGACACUUACCCCCUGGUUGGCACCCAUCAUCUCCAAGGGAACCUUUGACCCAGAACUUCUGAAGAAUAUGUACCAGCCAUUGAACCUGACCAUUGGAGUCACUGUGUUUGCUGUGGAGAAGAUCCUGCAGCCGUUCCCAGAGUUCCCCUGGGCCCUGGUCGGCUCCUCAGCAUCAUCCCCAUCCGUGGUUACUCCCAGUGGGAGGAGAUCUCCAAGCGCCGAAUGGAGACCAUCAACAAACACAUUGCCAAGAGGGCCCACAAAGAAGUGGAUUACCUCUUCUGUGUCGAUGGAUGUGGAUAUGGUCUUCCGUAACCCAUGGGGCCCUGAGACCUUGGGGGAUCUAGUGGCUGCUAUCCACCCAGGCUAUUUUGCUGUACCUCGACAGCAAUUCCCUUAUGAACACUGGCAAGUUUCCUCUGCCUUUGUGGCAGACAGUGAGGUGGACUUCUAUUAUGGUGGGGCAGUCUUUGGGGGACGAGUGGCCAGGGUGUAUGAGUUUACCCGGGCCUGCCACAUGGGAAUCCUGAUGGACAAAGCCAACAGCAUUAUGGCAGCCUGGCAGGAGGAGAGCCACCUGAACUGCUACUUCAUCUGGCACAAACCAUCUAAGGUGCUGUCCCCAGAGUACCUCUGGGAUGACAGGAAGCCUGAAGAUGAUCCGAUUCUCCUCAGUGGAAAAGGAUACAACUGGCUGAGGAGCUAA